AUGUUCGCCAAGUGCUUCGCCGCCGUCCUCCUCUGCGCCAUGAUCAUCGGAUCCCACCAACAAGUCGUGGUUCCAGCCUACUCUGCCGCCUACGUCCCAUCUGCUUACGCCUAUCCAUCGGUAUACUCUCCAUACGUUGCCGCUGCCGCCUACCCAUCCGUCUGGGCCUGGGGAUCCAACAAGAACAAGGAGGAUGGUGCUCCACGAGCCUUCGCCAGACCAUCUGCUCUUCUCAACAGCCAGAAGCCAGCAACCAGCGCUUGA